AUGGAUGUGGAUCUCGAGCCGAUUCCAGAGGAAGAACCAGAAGAGGAGGAACCUGAGGCGGAACCUGAGAAUGAACCUGCUGAGCCUGAAGAAGAACCGGUGUACAUUUCCCCGUAUGAGCAGUGGAUUGACCCUGAGUUUGUACCGGAGUACGGGUCUGAUGAGGAGUCCGAUUUGGAGGAGAGGGACGAGGCCCCAGCGGAGUCGGGUGCGUCUGGACCUGAGCCAGCGCCUGCAUUACCGGGGUCUUCAGGGGCUGAGCACGAACCGGAGCCGGAAGAGUCUCUAACGGGAGAUGAUCCCAUGGACGUGGAUCUCGAGCCGAUUCCAGAAGAAGAACCAAAAGAGGAGGAACCCGAGGCGGAACCUGAGAAUGAACCUACUGAGCUUGAAGAAUAA